CCUCUGGCCUGUUCUCCUUCAAGCAAUGGUCCCUAAACUGUGCUCUUUCAAAGGGCUGUUGGACUUCAUCUCCCAGAAUCCCAGACUAUUGGCCAACGUGGCCGAGGCUUCUGGGAGCUGAAGUCCAAAUCCUCUUAAAAGGGCACCAUUUGGGAACCAGUGCCUUCAAGGAAAGCGCAGGAGAGGAAAGAUGGAGCGGCGGGACGAGGAAGAAGAAGCAGAAGCAGAGGAGGAAGCGUGGCUCCUGGACUCCCUCCGGCUGUAAGCGAAGGGCUUCCCGGGCCUUUGUCUGUAGGAACCGCCUUUGCUUUUCAGGCCAUUGCAGAAACCAAAGCCUAGGCAAGCCCCGCCGCCUCCUUUUUUACUUUCUUUCCUUGGACUACAACUCCCAGAAUCCCCCAGCCAUCUUUCUAGGAACUAGGUGUCUGUGUAGCUGGCUAUGAAACUGGGAAGAGGAAUGAAGUUCUCCAGCUUGUCCUACCUCAGAGGCUGUACGCAAAGGAGAACCAGCUUGCUGGUGACAAGUGGACCCCCGGACAGUGGCUUGCAGAUUUGGCGCAUGGAACCGGAUGGGACAGACAUUAUUAAACUCUUGGGCACCAUCCCUACCCUCCCAGGGGGUGAUGAAGGCUGGGCAAGAAUUGCCACCACUGUCUCCAAACCCUCCCGGGUCCUUCACGGGCUGAGAAUUGGCAACCUCCAGGUGACAGACAUUGAAUCCAAGCAGACUCUCUUCAUGGCAGCUUCCCCAAGCAAUGAAGAGGUCUCCACUGUAGAUUUCCUGGAUGAAGUCACCGCCUUGGCUUGCAGCAUGAAGGGGCAGCUCUUCCUUGCAGACACCAGACAACCACCACAUCUCCUGGGCGCAGCUGGGGAUGUGCCAGUCCCAUUGGCAUCAGGAGGGCUGAGAUGGUGUGCAGGGGUCAGGCAAAACCCACUGGACUGUUCUGCUAUAGAUGAGCCACUAAUAGCCCAGCUUUCAUCUGGAGGCCAUGUGGUGCUGAGAGACCUCAGGAACACAACCAGCCCUCUGGCUGUGGUCCAGUGCUGUGUACCGACUCCUGGUCUCCAUGAAGUAGAGUUCCUGUCUAUCUCCUUUGCUCCUCUUCUCAGAGGCUGCCUUUCUCUAUCAGGCUUUGAUGGGACCAUCCACAUCUACGAUACGCACAACUGGGAUCCCUCGGCGCAGGAAGCCAAGCCGCUGUUCCUUCACAAAGGGCACGUCUUCAGUGGCGCAAGUGCUGCAGGGCACCCUCCUUUAGUGACUACCCACGCCUGGCACCCCUCCAAGCCCCAGACACUGUUAUCAGCAGCAAGUGAUGGGUCAUUGCAUGUGUGGGACUGGGCUGACCCCCGUGGGGUGAGCUAGCAACCUUGGUUCUCCCCCUUUGGAGAUCCAAUUGCAAGUUUUUUUCCUAGUUGCAAACCCACUCAGGAAAGAUAACUGUGUGCAUGAUACACGAUAGGGCUGAAACAUAUCCAUUUCAAACCGUUUCCAAAUGAGUUCUUUUGCAAGAGCAGUGAGCACAAAGCGUGCUGUUUUUUUGGUUGUGUUCUUGGUUGUUAUUGCCCCAAAUCCUAGAUUUGGGCUGCAUCUGCACUGCAGCAUUGUUAUAUUUCAUUAUAUACACAGAAUAAAUGUUAUUAUAUAUGAGACAUUAUAAAAUUUAUUCUGCAUGUAUUUUAUUAUAUAUGUGCAGAAUAAAUGCAGUUUAACAUUGCUUGAACUCCCAUGGCUCAGUGCUAUGGAACUCCAGAGCUUGUACUUUUAUGAGAUAUUUCGCCUUCCCUGUAAGAGAGCUCUGGUGUCAUCACAGACUACGAAUUCCAUAGCAGUUAAAGUGGUGUCAAACUGCAUUAUUUUUGCAGUGCAGAUGCACUCUAAGUUAAAUGAAAGGUGCAUCUCUUCCAACCAAGUUUGAAUUACCAGAAAUCAACUGCUGCUGCUGCUGCUGCAAACAGUGGAGCUCUGUUCUCAUGUCAAUCAGGAUGCAGCAGACUGACAUUUCCACUUCCCUCCUGCCAGCAAUCUCUAGUGCAGUAAAUAGAAGAAGGAUUCCUGUUGCAAUUCUUCCUUGGACUGAAGAUUGUUAUUAAUAGCAGGAGGGAGCUGGAAAUGUCAGACUGCUGCAUCCCAGUUGAUAGAACAUACUUCCAUCACUUGCAGUGGAUGCUGUCAGUACACCAGGAUUGGGGAACUUUUAUGACUGUAGCAAUAGUACCACGAUUGUGAAUACAUAGUGACUAUGAAUACAUACCAGUUAUGGAUGCAUAACUCUAGGUUAUGGAGCCAUAACUGCAAUAGUGAGUUCUAGCCAUUGUUUUGGGAACAUGCGGUCCGUUUUCUGACUCUGCUCCACAGCUGUUCCCAAUGUGAAAUGCCAACACCACAUCAGGAAGCAGAGUGCAAUUCAUUAUACUCUAUAUAUUGAUACAUUGGGUUCCUCCAUAUCCAUGGAGUUGGCAUCCAGAGAUUCCACUGCUCACAGCUUGAAAGUAUUCCAAAAUAAAUAAAUAAAUAAAUAUGUUUUGUCCAGGAAACAAAGCUUGAUUUUGCCAUUUUAUGUAAACGAUGCACAUUUUUGGGCCAAGGUGGUGGAGUGGCUCAGCUAUAGAAACCCACUGGGUGAGUCACAGACUCUCAGCCUCACAAAAACCUCAUGAUAAGUUUGACUUAGG